AUCAGUUCAGAAAGUAAAGGUCGCUCACGCCGCGCAGUGCGCUCGUCGCCAGUAUUUCAUAAUUCGGCACAAAAAAAUCCUGCGCACCUGCAAUUUUAAUUAAGUGCUCUAUUCGCGUGCAACUUUCUUCAACAUUCAUAAACGGAUUAAAAUGGAUUACUAUUCUGAUUCGGGUUCUGAAGGCGAGUACGAGCAAGUUUGCACUCGCGGCGGCACCUGCGGUACUCCCGUUUUGCCGUUCGACCCUUCAAGCAUAGAAAAAGUUAUAUUAGCCAUAAGUGACAGUUUCGAUUUCCGCGUUGUGCUGAGCGAUGAGAGGACAAAGGGCGCCUUGCUGGUGACCACGGGGUUCACAAUAGCCGGCGGCUUGAUCGGGCGCCAUUAUGGAGGCAAGAUUGGAGCCGCGGUCGGUGGCGCGAUUGGCGGAGCUUGUGGACUUGGGAUUGUUGCUGUUUCAAUGAGAAGCAUUUGGGAGGAGAUCAAGGCAAAACUGUCAGACUUGUUUGACAUGGUGUAUGACUACCUGGCCGGCUUGGGCAUAGAUGACUACAAGAGAGCCGCUAUGUUCCUCACACAGCAUGGCAGCAACACACAACUAGCCAUGAUGAUCCUCGAGACUGCAUCUUCCAUUCUUGGUAAAAAGAUACUCUCAAGCAUCCAAGCUGCAUAAUAGAGCAUUAUUUAAUUAAUUUAGACAUUUUUAUAUUUGAAGAACAGUUAAAAAAAAUGUAUUUUAUUUGAGGACAAAAAAUAAAUGUUGACUUUAUAUUGAUGUAACUUGUAUUGAAAUUGUAUUUAGAAUUAAAUUUAUAUGACUUGUUAGGAUAGGAAUAGGAAGAAAUAACUUUAUAUUCAUGUGAUAUUUUAUUAUAUAUGUGUGUAAUAUCAUAAUUUAAUGUACAUGUUCUUCUCAAUCACAAAGCAUGCUAGUUACUGUGACAGUUUAUUUUAUGUGACUGAUCUAGUUCUAAGGGUUGUGUCGUGUUGAUCGUGACAUGACUGAAAGUUAAAAGUCAAUUAAUGCAUAAUGUUUGAAAUGGAUAAAGUAUUAUGAAUAAAAAAUACCUGUAUGUUAUCAAUGUGGAUUAUUUAUAAUAAUGUGUUGUAAGAAAUUAUUAUGAAACGAGUGUAUUAAUGCUAAGAGAUAAUAAACAUUUUAUGUAAGAAA